ACAAUUCAACACAGAAACAUUUAAUCUAUCAGCGCGUAUUUGUUUUGGGGAUCAACAUUGAUCGUUAAUUGGUAAAUUCGUCGUGACUCCCGAGUUUAAGAGUCAUUUGUUUUCUUGUUAAUAGCAGAAUUGGGGGAAGAGUCUAUCUAGGGUUGCAGCGGCGACGAACUCAACUGUUGCCGGUGAACCGACUAACGAGCAGGAAAGAUGGGAGAACGGAAGGUUCUCAACAAGUACUACCCCCCGGACUUCGAUCCGGCCAAGAUUCCUCGGCGCCGCCAGCCGAUGAAUCAGCAGAUGAAGGUGCGUAUGAUGCUUCCGAUGAGCAUCCGUUGCGGCACCUGCGGUAAUUACAUUUACAAGGGUACCAAAUUCAAUUCCCGCAAAGAAGACGUCGUUGGAGAUACCUACCUGGGGAUCCAAAUUUUCAGGUUUUAUUUCAAGUGCACUAAAUGCUCGGCUGAAAUAACCUUCAAGACAGAUCCUCAGAACUCGGAUUACAUUGUUGAAUCCGGAGCGUCGAGGAACUUCGAGCCUUGGCGCGCCGAGGAUGAAGAAACGGAGGAAGAAAAAAAGAAGAGGAAUGCUGAAGAGAUGGGAGAUGCCAUGAAGUCUUUGGAGAAUCGAACAUUAGACUCAAAGAGAGAGAUGGAUAUCCUUGCUGCUUUGGAUGAAAUGAAAUCGAUGAAGUCGCGGCAUGCAACUGUGAGUGUAGAUGCAAUGCUGGAAGCUCUGCAGCGCUCCAAUGAGAAAAAGGAAAGGAAACUGUUAGAAGAAGAAGAAGCUUACAUAAAAGCAGUGUUUCAGGGUCAAAAAAAGGCUCCUAUUGUUCGAAGGAUCGAUGAUGAAGAUAUAGAUGAUGAUGAUGAUGACGACGAAGAUUUGGAGUUUUUCCCUCUUGACGAUGUGGGAUCUUCAUCUCAUCCAUCGAAGAGGACGAAGGUUUCUGAUGAAAAUCCUUCCAUACCAACAGAUAUUUUGACAGAGAACAACGGCGGCAGCGAGGGUGCCAACAUUCAAGGUAAAGCUGGUGUUGAUGGGGCUUCUGGUAAUAGUAAACCUGUUUCGAAUAUGCCUUCAAUCAAAUUCUCAAUCAUCAAGAAAUCCGUGCCACAACCCACCACUGCUACCAGCAACGCAUUACAAUCCUUAUUUCAACAGUAUGGAAGCGAUGAAGACGAGUAAUCAAAUGUAUAUAAUGAUAAAACAUGUAAUACUGAUGUCCCUUGGUUACAUUCAAAGCAUUAAGAUUUUGUUGCUAUAAAAGCAUUUUUGCC